GUAUCUUACAAUUUUGUUAUGUUUUACUUUUCUCAGUGAGGAGGGGAAAAAAAGAUUAAAAUGGUUUCUAAGCCAUACAAAAUAAGGCUGAACAUGUCUCCACGUAUUACAGGGAUAUUUAUCCAUGAAAAGAAUCAUAUUAAUCAACUCAAAAAUGUCCUCAGUUAAAGGCGGAACGAAUAUCUCCCGCGCCUCUCCGCUGUCGGAACUUAACAGUGGGAGAUCCAGCGGAAGUAAACAACCGACGCGUUAGCUGCAUGCGUGAAACCUGCUGGAAAACGACAUUGUUACCGUUAGAUAUUGAAUUUGACACGAUGUCUCCUGUUGAGUGUUUGAGAGAGUUUGUCAACGAGCGACUAACUGCUGCUGCUGAAGAAAUAUUCAGAGUUUUUAAGCAAACUGUCUUUGAGUACGAGAAAGAGAUCGACCGUCAGCGCGGACUGCUGGAUAUCGUUUGGAAACCUCAUACACGGUCUCACAUGACAGAUGUCCCACAGAAACAGGUGUGUCAGGAGGAGGAGGAGGUUCUGGCUGACCAGCAGAUCUGUGACCAGGAGACGAACUCCAGUGUGGACCAAGAGGACCCAGAGCCUCCACAGAUUAAAGAGGAACAGGAGAAACUCUGCACCAGUCAGGAGGGAGAGCUGCUUGUAGUGAAGCUGGAGACUGAUACAUCUAUGUUGAUUCCUCCUUAUGAAGAAGGUGACCACAGUGAGCCUGAAUCAGAAAGUGACCACCAGCUCUCUCUGAACUCUCACAUAGCUGAGAGUGAAGAUCAGAAAAGAGGCGAGCACGGAGACUCGGGAUCAGCAAGAGAUACAGAGCCAGAACCAAAGGAAAGACAUCACACAAGCGACUGCGACAGUAAUAGUAGAGACAGAGCUGACAGUACAGAGGUUCACAGUAAUACUAACACAGGUAAAAAGUCUUUCAGAUGUGAUGCUUGUGGAAAGACUUUUCAGUAUAAGUCCAAAUGGAGUGUACACUUGAGGAGCCACACAGGUGAGAAGCCAUAUUUUUGCGAGUACUGUGGAAAAAGAUUCAGUCAUUCAUCAUCAUUGAACGCCCACGUGAGACUCCACACAGGUGAGAAGCCAUACUCUUGCAAAAUAUGCGGGAAAGGUUUCAGACUUAAUAGUGGCUUGUUGGUCCACACGAGAACACACACAGGUGAGAGGCCGUAUUCUUGCAAGACAUGCGGGAAAGAUUUCCCAUUUGGCAGAGAGUUGAGAGUCCACAUGAGAACCCACACAGGUGAUAAACCGUACCUUUGCCAGAUCUGUGGGAAGAGAUUUAAUCAAAAAUCAGAACUGAAAAAUCAUGCAAGAAUCCACACGGGUGAGAAGCCAUAUUGUUGCAACACCUGUGGGAAGAGAUUCAGUCAGCUGUCAUCGUUGAACGUCCAUAUGAGACUCCACACAGGCGAGAAGCCAUAUUCUUGCGAAACAUGCGGGAAAGUGUUCAGAGUGAGCGGUCACUUGACGAUCCACAUAAGAAGAGCUCACACCGGUGAGAAGCCGUACCCUUGUAAGAUCUGCGGGAAAAGAUACUUUGAUGCUUCUCAUUUGGCAAAGCAUGUAAGAUCUCACACAGGCAAGUAGUAUUCUCUCCUACUGGCUGGUGGUCAGAACACACACAAAGUCACAGACAUGAGGAGCCACAUACUUUCAGCACUUAUUGGAAAAGUUUUACUCAUCACGUACUUGAAAAACCAGCCGAGGUUCAGUAUACACACAGGAGAAACCACUGAGCUGACCGUGGAGAUGCAUUCACCUGCCAAAUGAAUACUCUUUUGCAGUAGCUUCGUCUGUGUAAUUGAAUGUCUGCACUUUCUGGUAGAGAUCACAAUAAGUUUGUGUAAUUCAGAAGUAAAUUUUUCAUAAUGCCACAGAGUAAAAAAAAAAAAGUUUCAUCUGAUAAAAUGAUUCCUUCUUACUACAUUCACUUACCACUACCUCAGUUGAAUUGGUGGGUUGUCAUCUCUGAUGUUGAAGAUGAGAAACCCUCUCACUUGAGGUGUUUUAUUUUUUUACUAUGUCGUGCAGCCCUAAUGUGAUGCCAGAAGUCAGCACGUCUAAGUCCCCCUCUCUGUUCAGCACCAAGCUAAGCGCCUGACCCUAGAAACUAUUCCCCCAGGUGGUGUCCAACACAUCACAGGUUAUUUUGCGUACCCGAACCUGUUAAAGUGUAUUGUUUUGUUUGAGAAGCAGCCAUCCUGAAUGUAUGUUGAGCCAGCAAUUUCCUCUUUGUGUGUACUCAAGCCUGCAAGUGUGCCAUGUCCUGAACUCACUCAUAUGAGACAACAGAGGCAGGAGUCCGACCCAGGAAGCCAUAUACUUGUUAAAACUGACAAAGGUUUCAGUUCAGUAAAAAAAGACUUGACAAAAACUUAGUAGUUUUGCAAUAACGGUGUCUGGUUAUUUUCAUACACUACACUGUGUUUGAGCAACAGCAUUUCUCAGAACAGUCACAGACUUCUAUCUCGGAAUUCUUUGUUUCACACUGAUUGCAAAGUGCAAAACAUAGCGGAAGUAAACCAAACAAGUGGUAUUAGCGUUCGCUGCCAAGUAACAAUGACUUUAGUUGAAUGUUUGAGAUAGUUUGUCAGCGAGUGACUAACUCUUAGAUUUAGUCACCUGCGAAACAUGUAAAACAAGCAGAGCGUUCUCAGUGGAGUGUGAAUCUCUGCCAGGUGUGUCUGGCUGAAACAGAGAAAGGUCAAAUAACUGUACCAGAUGGUGAAUCAACUACUUGACCAGUUGCCACCACAACCAGAAGCAACCAGUGGAGACUAGCAAAGUGUUGAAUAAAGGGUUUUUUUUGUUUUGUAGGGCUUAAGUUUCUUAUAUCAAUGAAUACAAAGUUGCAAUAAAGUGUUUGUCUAUUAUC